AGCCUUGUUAUUUAACAGCAGGAUUUGAAGUGAGUUUCAGUGGUGUGCUGUGCACAGCAGCAAGAGUUGGCAGAGAUGUGGCUGCUCACGCUCACAGCCUUUGCUGAGAAGCUACUUUAUGUUUUCAGCCUCCAGCUGACUUCUCUGUGGAAGAUCCUGAUACAUUUAUACUCCUCAUUUGGAACACUGCUAUGGUCUGCAGGUGGCAAGAGGAGUCAGCACGGGAAGAAGAGAGGAGAAAUAAGAGAAGGGACUGCAAGAGAAGAAGAUGUAUCAGGGCACUCUGUUAACCCUGUCAGUGUCAACUAUCAUUUCACACGCCAGUGUAAUUACAAAUGUGGUUUCUGUUUUCACACUGCUAAAACAUCAUUUGUACUUCCCCUGGAAAAAGCCAAAAGAGGUCUCCUUAUGCUUAAAGAAGCAGGUAUGGAGAAGAUUAACUUUUCAGGAGGAGAGCCAUUUUUACAUGAUAGGGGAGAAUUCCUAGGCAAGUUGGUGAAAUUCUGCAAAAAAGAUCUAAAACUCCCCAGUGUCAGCAUUGUGAGUAAUGGAAGCCUGAUCAGAGAGAGAUGGUUCAAGGAUUAUGGUGAAUACCUAGACAUUCUUGCUAUUUCAUGUGAUAGUUUUGAUGAGCAAAUCAAUGCACUGAUAGGCCGUGGACAAGGGAAGAAGAAUCAUGUGGAGAAUUUGUGGAAGCUGAGGAGGUGGUGUGCAGAUUAUAAGGUUGCUUUUAAGAUCAAUUCUGUUAUUAACAGAUUUAAUAUGGAAGAAGAUAUGAAUGAGCAAAUUCAAUCUUUAAACCCUGUUCGCUGGAAAGUGUUCCAGUGCCUUCUUAUUGAGGGUGAGAAUGCUGGGCAAGAAGCCCUGAGGGAAGCAGAGAAAUUUGUUAUUAGUGAUGAGGACUUUGAAAAAUUUCUAGACCGGCACAAAGGCAUCUCCUGUUUGGUACCUGAAUCUAAUAAAAAGAUGAAAGAUUCAUACCUUAUUCUGGAUGAAUAUAUGCGCUUUCUGGAUUGUACAAGGGGCCGAAAAGAUCCUUCUAAAUCAAUUCUGGAUGUGGGGGUAGAAGAGGCCAUAAAAUUCAGUGGCUUUGACGAAAAAAUGUUUUUCAAACGAGGAGGAAAGUAUGUAUGGAGUAAAGCAGACCUUAAAUUGGACUGGUAAAGAUAAUGAAAACAUUGGUGUGUGUGAAAAGGAGAUCCUUAAGAUAAAUGAGGCACCGUCUUUUUUAACAGUGUAAUCCUUUUUCUGAACUACUUCUGAAGGACGUUGUUUUUUUAAUCAUACAGAUACUUCAUAGGAAUUUAGACUUUACAGGUCAUCUAUUCCAACACCUUUAUUUUACAGAGGAGGAAGCCAGCAACCUCAGACACAUGUUAAAGAGACAAAUGAGAAAGCUGAAUAGGACUUGAAUGCCUCUUGCAGUGCCCAAUGUGAUCACUAGGGGGCAUAUGGCUAUUAUGGAAUACCCUCCACAGUAGAAAAUCAUGUUGAAUUUUCCAGCCUUUUGCUUGGAGACAGCAAUGACACUGUGAGAAAAAUUGGUAAAUGAUUUUCUAAUGAUAGUAUAACCACUGUAAUGAAAAUAAUGCCUUGUUAUUUGGAUGAAUUGAUCUUUCCAACAAAUGGGAAAGAAAAUGUACCCCUGUGUGUAUGUUUUACAUUUUUUUCCUAGUUAAUUUUUGUCUAGGGUACUGUAUUUUUAAUCACAAAAAUUUUGGUUUGAAUCCUGGCCAAAUGAUUCUUUUCAGAUCUAAGUGUAUAGUACUAUGAUCUCUUGAAGUACCUCGUUAACCCCUCACUUUUUUACUAUCAUAUUAUGGCUUAGUAUUUUAAAGUAUGCAUUUAAUAAAUAUUUAUUAAUUAUAUACCAUAGGCUAGGCACUGUGCUAACCAUUAGGAUACAAAAAGA